AUGGCCCCGACACGGCCCCACACGGCCCCACACGGAUCGGGGGCCGCAGCUGCUCGGCCCGAGGGGCGGCGCUGGCGGCGGGCGGGGCCUGCGUGGAGUCACCCACAGCCCCGUCGGCCCGAAGGGAAGGAAAUUGGCUCUUUUCCCGACGUGGAAACGACCUGGAAUAGUCAAGAGGGGCUGGUGCUCUGCACCUCAGAAUGCUUUUGGUUGACCAGUACCCCAUCAAACAGCCUGGAGUGAAAACGAAGGGCUACAGGAAACGCUUGGGUUUUUCGGCUUCCACAGACCGGCCAAAGCAGUACCUCUGCAGCAAGGAGCCGGCCCUGCCCAGCCCGAGGAGAACAAGCGACGUCGGGGCGGGUUCGGGUCGCCCUGCGCUCGGCGGCCCCCGACAGAGAGGGCAGCCGCCCCCGGGCUGGCGACACCGCCCGCUCGCUCCCGGUGGGUCCCACCGUGAUCCCGGCGCGGGACAAUGCCGUGCGCCGGCAGGAGCUCCGCCGAGCCCCAACGGGAUCCCGCCCCGGGUGUCCCUCUGCGGGCGGUGGCUGCGGGGGCGGCAGCCCUGCCCUGGCUUUGUGCCGCCGCUCGCACUUUGCAGGCGCGGCGGGAUUGGGAAUUCCGGGCGCCCGAGGCAGCCUCGCCUCCUCCUCCUCCUUCCCCACCUCCUCCUCCUCCUCCGGAGCGGGGCGCGUGAUGGCGGCAGCCGCCGUAGCGGAGGUGAACAGCACCGGCAGCAGCAGCGCCGAUACCUCCAGCACGGGUGAGGAGGAGAGGAUGAGGCGCCUCUUCCAGACCUGCGACGGCGAUGGGGAUGGCUUCAUCAGCAGGAAUGACUUGCUGAUGGUGUGCCGCCAGCUGAAUAUGGAGGCGUCUGUUGCAGAGAUCAUGCACCAGCUGGGAGCAGAUGAAAAUGGAAAAAUUUCCUUCCAGGAUUUUAGUCAGUGCCGCAUGGAACUGGUACAGGAAAUCAAGAAGGAGGAAGUGGAGCUUUCUGUGAAAUCGGAUGACUCUUGUAAAAAUAAAAAGUUAAGAGAUAGAGUAGCUUCCUGGCCAACUAGCAGCAGUAACAGUUUAGAUGCCUUGUCAGGAGCCAGAGAAAGCUGGGAGUAUGAUUCAGGAAUGAGAGACCUUCCGAGUCCAGACCUCCACAGUCAUUUUAUGCUACAAAAGGUGUUGGAGUAUGGUAGAAGCAAUGUGACUCAGCAGGCUGCUCUGCAAAGACUUCUAGCUCAGGCCUCAAAUUUUAGCAACUCUGCUGGAGGAAGCUACUUAGAACUUACCAACACUCUUCAUUUAGCCGCCCUGGCUUCAUUAAAGGGAGACAUUGUGGAGCUUAAUAAGCGUCUACAACAAACAGAAAAGGAGCGUGACCUAUUGGAAAAGAAAUUGGCAAAAGCACAGUGUGAGCAGUCCCACCUGAUGAGAGAGCACGAGGAUGUGCAGGAGCGAACGACGCUGCGCUACGAGGAGCGGAUCACAGAGCUGCACAGCAUCAUUGCCGAGCUCAACAAGAAAAUCGAUCGGCUGCAGGGAGCAACCAUAAGGGAGGAGGACGAGUACUCAGAGCUGCGGUCAGAGCUGAGCCAAAGCCAGCAAGAGGUUAAUGAAGACUCACGCAGCAUGGACCAGAACUCCGUCUCAGUGCCAGAGAACCAGUCCACCAUGGUCACUGCAGAUGUGGAUAACUGUAGUGACUUGAAUUCAGAACUGCAGAGAGUGCUGACAGGUCUGGAAAAUGUUGUCUGUGGGAGGAAGAAAAGCAGCUGCAGUUUAUCGGUGGCAGAAGUGGACAGGCACAUUGAACAACUCACUACUGCCAGCGAACACUGUGAUUUAGCUAUUAAGACUGUGGAGGAGAUUGAGGGAGUGCUGGGACGUGACCUUUAUCCAAACCUGUCUGAGGAGAGGUCUCGGUGGGAGAAGGAGCUGGCUGGCCUGCGGGAAGAGAAUGAGAGCCUCACAGCUAUGUUGUGCAGUAAAGAAGAGGAGCUCAACAGAACCAAGGCCACCAUGAACGCUGUCCGUGAGGAGAGGGACAGGCUGCGUAGAAGGGUCCGGGAGCUGCAGACUCGUUUGCAGAGUGUGCAGGCCACGGGCCCAUCCAGCCCAAGCCGCCUUACUCCUGCCAACCGCCCCGUCAACCCCAGCACAGGAGAGCUGAGCACCAGCAGCAGCAGCAAUGACAUUCCUAUCGCCAAGAUUGCUGAAAGAGUGAAGUUGUCAAAGACAAGAUCAGAGUCUUCAUCAUCUGAUAGACCUGUUUUAGGAUCAGAAAUCAGCAGCAUAGGGGUCUCUAGUACCGUGGCUGAGCAUCUGGCACAUUCCCUCCAAGACUGCUCAAACAUCCAGGAAAUCUUCCAGACUCUUUAUUCACAUGGAUCUGCUAUCUCUGAAAGCAAAAUCCGAGAGUUUGAAGUGGAGACGGAGAGAUUAAAUAGCCGUAUUGAACACCUGAAAUCCCAAAACGAUUUGCUGACAAUAACACUGGAGGAGUGCAAGAGCAAUGCAGAGAGGAUGAGCAUGCUUGUGGGCAAGUACGAGUCCAAUGCCACAGCCCUCAGGCUGGCACUGCAGUACAGCGAACAGUGCAUAGAAGCAUAUGAGCUGCUGUUGGCAUUGGCAGAAAGUGAGCAGAGUCUCAUUCUUGGACAAUUCAGAGCUGCAGGUGUUGGUUCUGUUGGGGACCAGACAGGUGAUGAAAAUGUCACACAGAUACUUAAGAGGGCUCAUGACUGCAGGAAGACAGCUGAGAAUGCAGCAAAAGCCUUGCUGAUGAAGCUGGAUGGGAGCUGUGGGGGAGCCUAUGCAGUCACAGGCUGUAGUAUGCAGCCUUGGGAAAGCCUGUCCUCCAACAGCCACACCAGUACUACCAGCUCAACCGCAAGCAGUUGUGACACGGAGUUUACGAAGGAGGAUGAGCAGCGGCUGAAGGAUUACAUCCAGCAGCUGAAAAACGACAGGGCAGCAGUGAAACUGACAAUGCUGGAGCUGGAAAGCAUCCACAUUGAUCCUCUUAGUUAUGAUGUUAAGCCACGUGGAGACAACCAGAGGCUGGACCUGGAAAAUGCAGUCUUGAUGCAGGAACUCAUGGCAAUGAAGGAAGAGAUGGCAGAGCUCAAGGCACAGCUUUACCUGCUGGAGAAGGAGAAGAAGGCUUUGGAAUUGAAGUUGAGCACUCGAGAGGCCCAGGAGCAGGCCUACCUCGUCCAUAUUGAGCACUUGAAGUCUGAAGUGGAAGAACAAAAAGAGCAGAGAAUGAGAUCUCUCAGCUCAACCAGCAGCGGAAGCAGAGACAAACUGGGCAAGGAAUGCAGUGAUGGCACCGCAACACCACUAACACUUGCUGAGCUGAGACCAUACAAUGAGAGUGAACUGACUGCUGAGCUGACAAAUGCACUCAGGAGGGAGAAGAAACUGAAAGCAAGAGUGCAGGAGUUAGUGAGUGCUUUGGAGAGACUCACAAAGAGCAGUGAAAUCAGACAUCAGCAGUCUGCAGAAUUUGUUAAUGACCUUAAAAGGGCAAACAGCAACUUGGUAGCAGCUUAUGAAAAAGCAAAGAAAAAGCAUCAAAAUAAGCUGAAGAAACUGGAAUCACAAAUGAUGGCCAUGGUGGAGAGACAUGAAACCCAAGUAAGAAUGCUCAAACAAAGAAUAGCUUUACUGGAAGAAGAGAACUCCAGACCACACACCAAUGAAACUUCACUUUAAGUGCAUCUCUUUAAAGGAUGCUUAGUGCCAUUACAACUUUCUUUCUUUUGGAGGUUGACUUUUAGGUAGCUUCAAAUGUUAAAAACUCUGAUUGUCAAUACUGACAAACUUAAAAGCUCCUUCUCUGAGAUCCCAGAGAGGUAUUAUGGGGAUAAUAAAAGUGUUAACCUUAAUGACUGUUUCAUAAUGUAAAAUGGCAGUGCCUGAAUUAUCAUGCUAUAAUUGUGUACAUUGUCUGUGUUGUUAUGUCUGUAUUCAUACAGCUUCUCUUCCAUUUUAUCAAUGGCCCAUGGGUGACAGUGUCACACAGCAGAAUAAUUCAUGUUAAGAGGUUUUCAUUUGGGUAGUUUGGAGGUCAUGUGGAAGUUUUCCCAGUCCCAGAGCUCUCUCUGACACAAGUCCAUACUGUACCCUCAUGACUCGCUACUCGCUGCUGUGGUUACACCACCAAACAGGCAGCUGCAGAGUGGGUAUGACAGCCUGGCUGGCUUUUUCUUUGUGCCCUGCUUGCAGUUCUGCUGCUCACAGUGCAGGUCAGGUGGGGAAACUCCUGUUGAUUUGGGAAAAAGCCAAGAAAGCAUAGUUGCAUCUCUAAGAAUGAUGAUAAAAGUGUAAUUCUUACAUUGCAUAAGAGGGCCAAAGGCUGUGGGUUUCACCAUGCCACACAGUCUGUGCCAAGGGUGAGUAAGAAAUUACAGAAGACCUCCUGGUAUUUAUAUUGCAUGGUGUUUGCAACUACUUUGUAGAAAAAGUUGUUUUUUCUUGAGAUAUACACUAUAUCCAAGAUUUUCUUUAAGAAGCUGGGCCAUUUUUGUCAUGUGUGUUGUGCUUAUUACAGCUUACUGUGAUCAAGAGGUGGAAUGUCUUCUUUUUAUACUUUUUUUUGACCAAAAAGGGGUACUUAAGUAAUGUACCUGUUUAAUAUUGAAUACAUAGGCACAAAAUUAUAGAUGUGUAGAUGUAUGGAUAUCCAGCCACAAACCGAAUGUGAAUGGUGAAGUCUUACAGCUUUCUUAGGUUAGUUUUUGUUACUGCUAACAUUCACUUGUUUAAAUCACGUAUUACUGUAUUAUCAAAGUGACUGAAGUGCAAAUUUUGUCCUGUUAGGUUAAUGAACAUUAAGCAAAUCAUGGGGAUCAGGUUGAUUUCUGUAGGGGUCAAAAUACAGGAGUCUGCCAUAGCACCUGUUACAUUCAGAAUUAACUUUUUUUUUUUUUUUUUUUUUUUUUUUUUUUUCCUUUUUUUUUUUUUUUUUCUUUUUCUUUUUUUGACAGAGUACGUUAAAAAUCUUCAUGUGUGUUUUAAAAAGCCAAGCUAUAGUCCAUUCACUGUGUUAGCCUGCUGCUGUGUUAUGCCUUUGCUUUGCAUUUUCCAGGCUGAUUUUCAGUGAAUCUGAUUUCAGGAGAUGUUUAUUGUUUUUGCUUUACAUGUUGAGUUGCACCUCAAGUUUUUUACUAGGAUAUUUAGAAUUAUGAUAACUUUUCUCAUUUAUUCCUCUCAUUACUAGUACUAAGGGAAUAUUUUAGAGGACUCUUUUUGUCUACUGUUGGGUUAGGUCAGAUAACAUAGUUGUGGGAAUUCGUGUUCAGAAUAUGGCAUUAUUGUUAAGUCUUGGUUACAUCUGGAAGUGUAGCAGUUGGUUUUCCAUCUCUUACUACUGUAGCUGCUGUUGUCUUCUGUCCUUAGAGUAGUAGAGUCAUUCCUACUUCUCUCGAGUCUAGUACAUCAUCCACAAAGCCAGCAUCCCAUGUGGUUGAUUGCAACAGCAAAUUAAAAUAAUGCUGAUUUCAAAAUUUUUAGGUAGUCAUGUUCUGGUUUUGAUCAGUCCUCUUUCUCAGAAUAAUUGCACUUCUUAAUUUAUAAUGUCACUAGAAAUUACUGCAAAUGAAUCUCUUGAGGGAGGAGGCACAUUGAUUUCUUCUGUCUUUGUGGUUUUGCUUAGCAGUUCUCUAAGGUGUUUCCCCUUUUGACCCAAUUUUCUCAUGCCCAGGAGGGUGGGGGUUUGCCAUCAGGUUCAGUGGUAGCUGAGCACUCGUUUUGAAGAAUCACAAAGGAAAGUAUCCAGCAUGUGCUGUGGCAAAAAUGCAGUUACACUUUUGUCUUUCAGCAUCUGAAACACCCAUGUGACUUGAGGUCACCUCAGAAUGUCCAUGUGAAAUACCCUUCACUGGAGAGGACAGAAACUAUACUGCACUGGGCUGUCUCUUAGCUCAUUUUUUCACCCCUAUUUAGAUUAAUGGAAUUACAGAACGGUUUAGGUUGGAAACUACCCUAAAAAUCAUCUUGUUGCAAUCCCUUUCUGCGGGCAGGGACAUAUUCCACUGGACCUGCUCCAAGCCCCAUCCAACCUGGCCUUGGACAUUCCAGGGAUGGGGCAGACACAACUCCUCUGGGCAACCUGGGCCAGUGGAAGAUGUUGCCUCUGCACCCUCAGCACAGAAGAGUUUCUUCCAUAAAAAAAUUCAGAUACUCUUACACAGAGGUAUAAAAAGCUGCAGCCUCAGUGUUUUUUCCAGACCUGACAAUUUGCUGAUUAUUUCUCUACAUUUAGCACAAAUCUUCCAUGCCAACUGUGCUCUAGACGUGCAUUAGAAUAAAUUAUAAAUCAUCAGUAAAUGUAAACCACUCCCAUUUUUUUCCCCAUAAGGGUUGUAGAUGAAAAAGCAGCACUGGUACCAUCCAGCCUCAGCAGUAGCCAUAGCUUGCCAGACCACCAGUUGAUUUAUUUGUCUCAGCAAGCAGCUACUGCAUCAUUUGUUAGCAUAGUGGAAAGGAUCAACUGGAAAGUGGUCACAGGUAUGAUGUUACUGUGAAAACUGUUCAUUAGUGAUAAUCAGCUUCAGCUCCAGUGUACCCCAUUAAAAUGGCACUAACCCUCACAAAAAAAUGCCAAAAAACCCUCAAACUCCUUUUAUGCAACUCUGAAGUACCAGCACACCAGAAAUACCUGAGCGUGCAGUGCACCGUGAGUUACAGCAACUUAACUAUUAACGCUUAUUGCAGAAAUAAUACAUUUGAAAAGCAAGAAAAAGAGGUGAUUCUUGUCAACCUAAGUCCAUUCGUUAAUUAAUGACUGGACUUCUUUUGAGUUUUCUGAAGUCACCAGAGUGCAUGAAACUUUGUAUUUCACAGAGUACUCAGAAAAAAUUCACUUUUUUUAAAAAAUUCUGUGAUGUAUAAAUCUUCACCAGCUUGAAUGUACUGUUAGCUUUUGCAAAGCACAUGUGACUAAAUUUGCAUUCAUGUCAUGCUUUACUAGUUUAAUUAGUAUUCUCCUCCUGCAUACUGCACCAUGCAUUGUAACUUUAGAAACUUUUCACCUUUCUGAAUUAGCUUUAAAUGUGUUGCUACCUUUUAGUUUCCAAGCUGUAAAAUAGCUAUUUUGUGUUCAUUUGAUAUAGAAUUGUAAAAACUGCAUUUAUUUAUACAGAGGCAUUUAUAAUACUUAUUUUACAAAUGUUCUUAUAUUCUGAAUAAAUUUCUAAUGCUGUU